UGUGGUCGGACAACACGCACCUCUCUCAAACAUCCAUCUGACAUAACUCCUGGAUACCGUGCUGUGUUGUGUUUGACAAUGUCUGUCUGUGUGUUAUAGUGUACGUUGGUGUGCUGUGUGUUUUGUUACAAAAAUAAACGCAAGAUAUAUUUCUAGUCGACGUACUUCAAAUUAAAAUGUUAAUAAAUUUUCCUUAACUGAUAUUGAAUUAGCUGGUGACGGAAACAAAGAAAGAGAUUGAGAUUUAUAGAGAGUUUGUGAAAGAGAAUUAAAAGAAGAAGAAAUGGAUUCAAAGAGUGACGGUCGCUGCGAUGACAUCGAGCUCAGUGUUCAAGGAGUCGGUAGUAAACCUGGCGUCGGGGCAACUAAAUCUGACCUUCCGGAACGAGGUUCUUGGGGCAGCAAGUUAGACUUCAUCCUUUCAGUCAUCGGACUGGCUAUUGGGUUAGGCAAUGUCUGGCGCUUCCCUUACCUCUGCUACAAGAAUGGUGGCGGCGCCUUCCUUAUUCCGUACUUCCUCACCCUCUUCCUUGCCGGGAUUCCGAUGUUCUUCAUGGAACUUGCUAUGGGACAGAUGCUUACGAUUGGUGGCUUGGGAGUUUUCAAAAUAGCGCCCAUUUUUAAAGGGAUCGGUUACGCCGCAGCAGUGAUGUCGUGCUGGAUGAACGUGUACUACAUAGUCAUCUUAGCGUGGGCCAUCUUCUAUUUCUUUAUGUCAAUGAGAUCUGACGUUCCGUGGAGAACUUGCGACAACUACUGGAACACGGAGACUUGUGUAAAUCCAUAUGACAGGAAGAACCUGACUUGCUGGUCCGACUUCGAUAUGAACACCUUCUGCACACUCAACGGCAAGAAUGUCAGUAAGGCAUUCCUCUCUGAUCCCGUUAAAGAAUUUUGGGAACGUCGCGCUCUCCAAAUAUCCAGCGGCAUAGAACACAUUGGCAACAUCCGCUGGGAGCUGGCGGGCACGCUGCUGCUGGUGUGGGUGCUCUGCUACUUCUGCAUCUGGAAAGGAGUUCGUUGGACCGGCAAAGUCGUUUACUUCACUGCGCUGUUCCCAUACUUUUUGCUGACCGUACUGCUUAUUAGGGGUAUCACUCUACCGGGAGCGUUUGAGGGCAUAAAGUUCUACGUGAUGCCGAACAUGUCGAAGCUUCUGGAAUCCGAAGUGUGGAUAGAUGCUGUAACUCAGAUUUUCUUCUCGUAUGGUCUCGGUCUCGGCACUCUCGUCGCGUUGGGAAGUUAUAAUAAGUUCACCAAUAAUGUAUACAAAGAUGCUCUGAUAGUCUGCUCAGUCAACUCCAGUACAUCAAUGUUCGCCGGUUUCGUCAUAUUCUCGGUAGUGGGCUUCAUGGCUCAUGAGCAACAAAGACCUGUAGCUGAAGUCGCCGCAUCAGGGCCGGGUCUAGCGUUCUUGGCGUAUCCGUCGGCGGUCCUGCAGCUCCCCGGGGCGUCUCUGUGGUCGUGUCUGUUCUUCUUCAUGUUGCUGCUCAUUGGCUUGGACAGUCAGUUCUGUACUAUGGAAGGCUUCAUCACCGCCGUCAUCGACGAGUGGCCGAAACUAUUGAGGCGUAGGAAGGAAAUAUUCAUUGCGAUCACCUGCAUCAUAUCUUACUUGGUUGGAUUGUCUUGCAUAUCUGAGGGAGGAAUGUACGUUUUCCAAAUACUAGACUCGUACGCCGUGUCCGGUUUCUGUCUGCUGUUUUUGAUCUUCUUCGAAUGCGUGUCCAUCUCGUGGGCGUUUGGUGUGAACCGGUUCUACGACGGGAUAAAGGAGAUGAUUGGAUACUACCCAACCAUUUGGUGGAAAUUCUGCUGGGUUGGAUUCACGCCCGCUAUAUGCAUAAGCGUGUUUAUCUUCAACCUGGUCCAAUGGAAGCCCAUCAAGUACAUGAACUACGAGUACCCCUGGUGGUCGCACGUCCUCGGCUGGUUCACGGCGCUCUCCUCCAUGUUGUGUAUCCCGGGCUACAUGCUGUACCUCUGGAGGGUUACCCCGGGGACAAAUAUGGAGAAAUUCCACAAGAUAGUUCGCAUCCCGGAGGACGUUCCUACUCUCCGUACUAAGAUGCAAGCCGAGGAACAAGCCAAACACGCUAGCGCUUAAACACUUAACACUUUCGUUCUCAGACCUCAGAGAUCCGAAAUGUGGGAGAAACCGCGGGCACCAUUAUGUAUAACGCACAAUAUUAUAUAAACUAAGCGUUCGUCUAUUUAACCGUAGUUUAUUUUAACUUAAGUUUUAUCGUUUCUUUAAGUUAGUGAAUAGAAAAUUUUAGACUUUAGGUUCUGCGACGCGUUCAUGUAUGUUUGUACCCUACGACGUUUAUAGUCAGCGAGUGGAGUGUGCGGGCCGCGGCCGGCCGACCGCCGUCUGCGAUGUUGCGGUCGUCUCGAGGAUUAUAUUAUUAAUGAUAUUUUGUUGGAACAAAUGUUUUUAAGUUAUCUUAUUAGACUUAGACUAAGAAUGUAUUAAUGGUAUUAUAAAAAACGCAACGGGACGCGUGUUUAACGUAAUGAAUGUUACUAUUAGAUGACAAUAUAUUUGUGACUGUUCGUUAUUAUUCAAGUUUAUAUAUAUUAAAAAUAUUAACUGCCAAAUAUAAAAGUAUAUGACUUUGGUCUUCAUACAAAAAAAAAAAUAUUCCGAUUUAUACAUAUGUAUGUAUCCUUUAAGUUAGUUUGAUGUAUUAUUAAAUGUUAUUUUGGUAAAGCUUUAACGUACUAAUUAUUUAGUUAAUGCAUAUUUUUAGUUAAGUUUAACUUUUAAGUGUUUGUUUAGAAGAAUAUUUCAUAUCACUGUGUAUAGUUAAAAGACUAUAAUAACUGUGAAACUGAGACCAAGAUUAACGAAAAAAAUUGCACAAUUUUUAUUCAUACUGUAGUUUUACAAAAGCUUUUAAAAAUUAUGGCCUAAAUUUUCUAUCAUGUUAUUUACAAAUAAAUAUUUACUGAACUAAAAUAAAAAGAUUACAGUAUUAUAUAUUCAAUGGUUUUAAAUACGUAAUAUAUUUGUAGGAAUGUGUGGAUUUUCAAAACACUAAGCGUUUCACACCAACACAUGUGUCAGUGUAUGUUAGGUCGGUUCUAUAUUAUUGUAGUUAUAUUAAGAUGUAUUUAAUCGAAACAUGUAAAUCGUUGCCAAAAUUGCGUUUAACAUAUUAUAUACUCGUUAUUGUUUAUUUGUUAUAUGCAUGUUAUAUAUCAAAUGUAUUAGAAUAAUUAUAAUUUUAAUAAAAUAAUUCUAUAUAGUGCUUCCAUGUUAAAAGUAGAGUGGUUUGUUAGUUACAUAUAAUAUACAUUUGGAUGUACUCGUUUACAAAUCUCUAUACUAAAGAUUUAUUCUAUAUUAUUAUAUCAUAAUGUAUUCUUAUUUAUGGCAAUACUAUAUUCUAUGUGUGGUUUCGUGACGUAUGCCAAAGUAUGACGUAGCCUGUAGAGAAUAAUUUAUCGAUCCCAUUAAAUAAAAAUAAUG